GUCACCAAAGAUGGCGAUUUGCUGAGUGCUCAUGGAUACACACAUUUCUCGGCUAGUUGUUAUCUUACCCGAAACGCCAACUUUAAGAACAAAUUAAGUGCUUUAGCGAGCAACUAUUUCUCCAUUUGAAGCACAUCUGACACAACGUCAGCCGCCGCUACCAUGCAGAUCACGCUUAAAACACUGCAACAGCAGACUAUUCAAAUUGAGAUAGACCCCGAGCAAACGGUGAAGGCCUUGAAAGAGAAGAUAGAAGCAGAAAGAGGAAAAGACAACUUUCCUGUAUCGGGGCAGAAGCUGAUAUACGCUGGAAAAAUCCUGCAAGAUGACACACCUAUCAAGGACUACAAAAUUGAUGAGAAGAAUUUUGUUGUAGUGAUGGUGUCCAAGGCUAAGCCUGCAGCUGCUGCCUCGCCUCCAGCCUCAGAAGCCCCCAAGCCCCCUGUACAGGACUCUGGCUCCACGUCAACAGCUGUCCCGGCCACAACCCCAGCCUCAGCCUCAGCCCCAGCCCCAGCCCCAACCCCAACCCCAGCAGCUACCCCCAUUCCCUCUGAGGAGGCCAAAGAGGAGCCAAGUGCCGCAGCCACAGAACCACAGCAACCAGCCAGCUCCAGUGGCGGGGGUCAGGGCUUGGAUGCGUCCUCAGCGCUCGUGACUGGAGCCGAAUACGAGGCCAUGCUGACAGAGAUCAUGUCUAUGGGCUACGAAAGGGAGAGAGUGGUGGCUGCACUACGGGCCAGUUUCAACAACCCCCACAGAGCUGUGGAAUACCUUCUCACUGGUAUCCCCAGCAGCCCAGUCCAGGAGAGUAAUCCCCCACCGCAGGCCCCCCCAUCUGGACCCACAGAAGCCCCGGCGUCUCUAGCAGAGGGAGAGAACCCGCUUGCAUUCCUGAGGACCCAGCCCCAGUUUCUGCACAUGAGACAGGCCAUCCAGCAGAACCCUGCUCUGCUACCAGCUCUCCUCCAGCAGCUAGGCAGGGAGAACCCUCAGCUUCUACAGCAAAUCAGUCAGCAUCAGGAGCUGUUCAUCCAGAUGUUGAACGAGCCGGUGGGAGAGGGGGGAGAUGCGCCAGAGGUUGGAGACAUGGGGGCAGCAGGGGAGGAGGGCGCACCUGUCAACUACAUCCAGGUUACACCUCAGGAGAAGGAAGCCAUUGAAAGGUUAAAAGCAUUGGGUUUCCCUGAGGCUCUGGUGAUCCAGGCCUACUUUGCCUGCGAGAAGAACGAGAACCUGGCAGCCAACUUUCUCCUCAACCAGGGACUGGAAGAUGACUGAACAGCAGAGAUCACUGCCUUCCUGCUCCUCCCUCCUACCCCUCCCCUCUUCAGCUCAGCAUAAAGACUGCACCCCCAAUUUACUGUACAGCUACCAACCUCAGCUCAACCCAACAGGAGGGGAGGAGAGGGGCGAGCCAGCA